AUGCCCCUACAGUCGUCUCCUCUCUCUCUCUUCUUCUCCCUUUCCUACGUUGUCCGACACGUGCUCAUCCAGUUCCCGCCAUCUCGCCACGUUGGCAUCCACACAUCUUUCUCUACCGCCCGCAGGCUAAUCGGUUUGCCGGCGACCAACAAGCAGGCCUUGGCCAUGGGACCGACUCCCCGCACGCCCCGGUCCCGUCGAAUCCGGGGGCUGACCAGACUAGCCAACCCCUUUGACAGUCCAGCCGACUCGGGCUACGGUUCCUCUGAGUGCUCUUCGCCGGAGAAGAGAGCCCACCAUGAUGAUGUCCCAGAAGUCCCUCCACACUGUCUCAACUACGACUUUGUGUGUGACGGCUCUGGAUCUUCAGAUAAGCACGAGUCUGAUCACGAGUCUGAUAAAGAGCCUGGUAAAGAGCCUGAGGUCGAACCCACGCCCACGAGAAGACAGACUCGAUCCAGAUUGCGUACCAGCAUCCCCGCAAACUUUCACUCCAACAAAGUGGUCCGGCCAAAACCGAAUCGACAAUAUACAAAAGGGUCUCUGAACCUGCCGGACCGCUUCAUACCACGAUGGACAGCGUCCGCACCCAUCUCUAUCACGUACCGUACCUCCAAGCCCGUCGAUGACUUGACAGCCUCCGAGAGGCUCUUGCGAAACCAUCAUGCCUCUCCUGACGUCUUUCUGCACCGAGCGACCGCCACUGCCCCCCCUUUGGCCUCAGACUUCCGCAACGUCUCCCGCAUGGAAGAGGCGCCAAGUAGGAGAUUUCAGGGCCUGCCCCACAAUCGAAGCGGCUCGCUAAUAGCCACCCAAGUAGGAACAACAAUCGUCCCUAUGCCGGAGAACCGACGCAUCUUCAGAGCACGGGCUACUCGAGUCGAGCGCAGGUUGCCUUCAGCACCGUUCCGUGUGCUUGACGCCCCCGAGCUCCGCGAUGACUACUACUGCUCAACGCUGGCCUACUCGGGGACUUGGAACGUCCUUGCGGUAGGGCUGGGAGGCACGCUGUACUCAUGGUCUAGUCGUCACGGAGUCAUGCCCGUGCAUCCCACGAACCCGCCACGGAAGGUCUCCACCGAGGACUUGAUUGUAGGCGACGUCUUGGGACAUAUCUACUACUACGUUGUGGAGUGGCCUGAAGCGUGGGAAGUGGCCCGCGACGACUGGCCUGGUUCCAUUACGCUGGUAGCUAAGAUUUCUGCCCAUGCUUUGCAGAUUUGCGCAUUAGUCUGGUCCCCCAACGGUCAAGUCUUUGCGACUGGUGCCAAUGACAACUAUUGCUGCUUGUUCGAGGUCAACAAGAUCCUACGACCACAACGACACCAGGGUUUAGUCUCGCCGACGGUACGGAAGCGGACGCAGUCAUCGGAAAGCAUCGGCAGUGAGUUGUAUGACAUGCUAAUACAAAAUGAAGGAAGGGAUGAAGAGGCAUUUCAACUGCUAGUGGACGGUACCAGCAUCCGGACCGUCCGAACCUCGCCUGAUAAGGUGCCGCAGUUCGGACCCGGUUCAGAGACGCAUCGCUGGAUCCACAGCGCCGCCGUCAAGGCGAUUGCCUUUUGUCCAUAG